UGGGUAAUGUAGUGUAUAACACACGUGCGUAGUUUUUUAAAAAUCGCCAGUUCAAACGUUGAAACAUGGCAGGCCUGGAGUUAUUGUCAGAUCAAGGAUAUCGUCUUGAUGGAAGAAAAGCUGCUGAACUGCGGAAAGUACAAGCUCGUAUGGGUGUAUUUGCCCAAGCUGACGGGUCUGCGUACAUAGAACAGGGAAAUACCAAAGCGCUGGCAGUUGUGUAUGGUCCUCAUGAAGUGCGAGGCUCCCGCAGCAAGACCCUCCAUGACCGUGCUGUCAUCAACUGCCAAUACAGCAUGGCUACCUUCAGUACAGCUGAGAGGAAGAGAAGACCCCACGGGGACCGCAAGUCCACAGAGAUGAGCCUUCACCUCAAGCAGACUUUCGAGGCAGCAGUGUUGACUAAUCUGUACCCACGCUCUCAAAUAGACAUUUAUGUCAAGAUCUUGCAGUCAGAUGGAGGGAACUACAGCGCGUGUGUGAACGCCGCUACUCUGGCAGUAGUCGAUGCGGGCAUCCCCAUGCGUGACUAUGUGUGCGCCUGCACUGCAGGCUUUGUGGAUGAGACCCCAUUGGCAGACCUGUGCCAUGCUGAAGAGAGUGGAGGGGGCACAUCACUGGCCCUGGCAUUGUUGCCUCGUGGCGGGCACAUUGCCCUGCUACAGAUGGACGCCCGACUCCACCAGGACCACCUAGAGACACUGAUGGAGGCGGCAAUGACGGCCUGUAAGGGUGUCAGCAAAGUGUUGGACGAGGUGGUGAGGCAGCAUCUACAGGAGGUGUCUGCGCUGACUGGAGAGUGAUGUAGCUUGGACUUUGGGGUAGAUUGGUCUGCGUGAAAGGCAGGGAAGGUAGGGGAGAAGAUGGAGGAAACUUUUUUUUUUUUUAUUGUACAAUUGUGUUAUGCUUUUGUAUGAAAUGCUUUAUUAAAAAAUGAAAUCUAAGCCCA